AUGAGCUACCAGCACUACCAACACUACGGCCCGGUGUCGCCCGAUGGUCGCUACUACUAUCCCACUACUAUGCAACGCUCAGGUUCUGGUGCCAGUACCGGGACUUCCGCUUCUGACUUUUACUCAGGGGGAGACAUGCAACAGUCUCCCUACACCGAAUAUCAGGGGUCCGAGGAGGAGCAGGGCCCGUCCAAGAAAAGGCGCGGCGGCGGCGCCGAGAAGGAGAAGAAGUACGCCUGCCUCUUCAAGGACUGCAUCAAGAGCUUCGCGCGCAGCGCCGACCUCGACCGGCACAUGCAGCAGGUGCACGGCUGCUCGCAGAAGGAGCACCGCUGCGACUACCCCAAGUGCCAGCGGCACCAGAAGCCCUUCCACCGGCUCGACCACUACCGCGACCACCUGCGCGACUACCACAAGGAGGACCUCAUGAAGCGCAACAAGAGCGGCCUUCCGGACGGGUGCCGCGUCGACCGGGGCUGGUGGCGCUGCAGCAACAGCAAGUGCCUCGCGCGGGUCUACGUCGACGAGUGCGGCUGGGAGUGCCCGCAGUGCCAGCAGCCGUGCGAGAGGGCGCGGAUCGAGCUCCGCUUGAGAGCUUAG